AAUAAUGUUCUAUUGAAUCACUGAGUUAGAUGUUAGAGCAGAAUUCAAGGAAUGCAAUGUAUGAUUUUGUGGCCUCCUGUCGAGAAGAUUUGGGACCAUUAUGUCAAAAUUGGUUUGAGGAACUUAGUUUGUCGGCAGCUUCUAACCACCUUAAACAACCGAGAAAUGACGCUCGUAGCUUUAUUUCAAGUUAUUUCAAAACACCGUGGCAGAAGCAGACUCUGCACAGCCAGCUGGAUUGUACUCCAUCAAUUUUCAGUGGUCUAACUUUAAUAACUCCGUCAGUAUCCAUGACAGAAAAAGGGACUGAAGAAACUUGGUUGAAAGGGGGAAACAGUUAUUCCUCUGUGAAGCAAAGAAUUAAAACUCUGUACAAGACAAAUGGGAAUGAAACCUCGAAUCCAGCCUCUGAGAUCUCUUUAAUAAAGAGCCCUAUUCUGUUGCAUAAUACAUGCAGGACUCCACAACACACUUAUUCUGUACAAGAUGGUGGACGUUCAUUGUUCAGCCCUCCAGUGUCAUCUGAGAUCUCGUCAAAGCGGAUUUCGGAAAGUCUUGGGGCUGAGGUGGAUCCUGACAUGUCUUGGACCAGUUCAUUAGCGACUCCUCCAUCAUUGAAUCCAACAGUCAUUAUAUGUAAAGCCAAAGAAAAUAACUUGCCUCAAGACAGGCUGAAGGAAGUACAAGUGCCUUCACUUUUACACAGCAAUAUAAAUACACAAUGCGAUGCAUUUGCUAUUGGUUUAAAGAGUGCCUAUGCAAUGCCUGUAAUUGGGGAGGAGGAAAGUGAAGACGUAGAAGCUGUUAAUCAGAGUCAUGUGUCUGAAGAUGACUCCGCCUGCUUAUCUAAAAGGAUAAGUGAAGAUGGGAAGCCAUUUAUUUCUAGGACUCUGUCUGAUGACUCAAUGUCUUUCACUGAGUCCACACAUUUGGGACUAAGAAGAGUGAAAUCCUUUUCUAGAAAGAGAAAGCAAAACUCUACAGUUGGCAAUUUUCAAUCAAGCACUAUUAAAACUUUAGCACCUUCCUCUGCCGAUGAAAAGUGUUUGGAAUGCAUCGUGGCUAAAUCGGACUGCAAUGUAUUUUCAAAUAACUUGACUCUUAGUCCAGUUAAAGAAUGCUGUAAGAAACGGGUUGUUUUGAAUGAAGAAAACUUGGGUGUCAAUUUAAACCAGAGUCCUGAUGGUAACUUGAUUGUCAAUAGUUUAGAGAAAGAAUUAUCUGGUCAAAAUGUAACUUCUUCAUCUGACUGGUCUCAGCUGAAUCUGUCAGAACUUGAUGAGAGCCAUUUGAUGAAUGGUUACUCUGACAUUAUGAAUUCUUCUACAGAUGCAUUGUGUUUGAAAAGUGUUGGUGAUCGAAAACUCAUUUCUAACGGAGAAGCUAAUAAUCAGCAAUCGGGCAAUGAUUUAGAAGGAAACAUUGAAGGAUCCAGUUCUGUGACCUGCGUAGAUAUAGUUCCAAUAUCACAAAGACCAACCUCUCAUUCUUUAACAGAUGAAAUAACAAUAACAAAGAUUAAUUUUAAUCAUUGUGCAUUUGCUAAUGAUUUCAGCACAGUUGAUGAAAGCACAGAGAAUUCUGGAGCAGAAGUGAAAGCUAGUACUCCAAAUCGUGCUUGUAGAAUGCAAUUGUCAAAGCUACCCACUUCUGAAAUUCCUUGCACAGAUUAUUAUAAAAUUGAUGGUUCAACAUCAGUUCAACCAUUUGUUGAUGGAUGGUUAGAUUUAAAUUCAGAAACUGUAGCAACCAGACCGUUUCCCUUUUGCAAGAACGAAAGAGCACAUACGAAGGAGCCCAUGACUACUUUGGAAGAUCAGAAAGUCAGUUUUACAGACUCUAUCAGCAAUGAUAUACCAUUUCAACCUGCUAUAAAUUCCAGAAUGCUCAGAGAUGGUGUUUAUUCUGUGACAUAUUCAGAUGCAGCUAAAAAUCCCUCACUGGUUCAGGAUUUGAUAAAAUGUCAAGUAAAUGAGGAAGACCUCACUUUUUUGCUUUCUAGUCUGAAAGAGCGUCCAAGGAAAUUUGUUUACACUGUGCAAGAUUCUUCAAAUCAUCAAGCACAAAUGAACAUACCUCUGGACAUAACUAAAUUGCAAAAUAAAACACUGAUUCAGCCGAUGGUACUUGAGCCUUCCUGCAAGUUAUCUGCUCCAGAAUCUAGAAAGCGAAAAAACAAAGUGGCUACCAGCAUUGUUGAUUAUCCUGGCAUUGAUCACUCUGAAGCCAAUCAGAAACAUGACACUGAAGCAAAUGAAAAUCUGCAACAGAAUCAUUGUUUUCCAAAGCAGUGUGACAGUGUAGAAAACGAAGUGGUGCCUCAGCAUCUUAAGGAUAAAACUGAUGAAAAUGUAUUCGAUGCUCCCAGUAAUGGCAAGAAUUGGGAUCAUUUUGUGAACAGCAAGCCUGUUUCUUGUAACGAAAGAGAUGGUAGAAUUUUUGCCACAGCUUGUCACACCGUGGCUAAAAAGUUGGCUUUUGAGUCCAAAGUGACGUUGACUAAUAGUUUUGGUGCCCAGGCUGAAAUUGCUGAGGACAGUGAUGUACUUUCGGUUGUUAAAUCUGCUCAUCCGGAGAGGACAUGUGUAAUUCAAAACAAUAUUAUGCAGAAUAAGGAGAAGUCUUACUUUGAGUUUAGAUUUUCACCUUUCUCUGAUGCAAAUCAAAGUCCUUUGCAUUAUAAUUGCAGUACAACAAAACUUGGUGGAAACACAGCUAUCCAUAAUGAACUUGACAGCAAUUCUACUUUUUUACCAAUUUCUACACAAUUAUCAACCAAGAAACUAUCCUACACUUCAAUUUUAUCUCAUACAGUAUCUUCUCAAUCUUCCUGUAUCACUAAUAUUUUGCACAAAACAAAGAAACUUUAUGAUCUCAAAUGCAAGGGGGAAAAAGUUUGUUUUUCUGAAUCCUUGCAACUAAAACCAAGAGGCCAUGCGGAGAUAUCAACAUCAUUGAGUACAGAGAAACAAUUAGAGGAAAGUCUUGAUACUAACAAGGGGUUACUAAAUGAAAAGCAGCGACUUGACUCCCAUACUUGUGUAGAAGCUGAAAAGAGACAGUAUACUAUUAAUGCAGGUUUCCACAUUGGUAAUAGAAAAAUUGCAGUGUUGGCAUCCACUUUGAAGAGCAGAAAACUGAUUGCUGAAAUAGACAAUGAUACAUUCUUGACUUCUUCAAAACCUGUACUGGUACAGUCAUUGCCAGAAUGUGAAACAAAAUAUACAGAAAGUACUUGUACAGAACGCAUGGAUAUAUCUGGCAUUGAAAUUACUAUGAAUGAAUCUUCCAGUUUGACACCAAGCUGUAUGAAUUCUCUUAAAAGAAAAAAGGAAGCUCUUUCUGCCUCCAACACUGAAGCACAGUUGCAUCAGCCUGCUGAGGUUACUCGACCUUCAAAUUCUGUUGUUCCGAAACAACAUGAUUCAGCCAGAGUGAAAUCUCAGAAUGCACAAGGUGACAUUGGUUCUGUGACAGUGACAAAAGAAAUUUGUACACUUUCAGAAAACACACACAAUCCACUGGUAACUGGAAGUUUUGAAUCUUGUCAACAUCGGCUCAGUUGCUCGAAACCCUUUGAACAGUGUACAGAUUUAUCUGCUGAUACCAUUUCGAAAGAAAAUCUUGAAAAUGAAAACUUAAAAGUGAACUCUGCACAGGAAGUUGUUUUUGAAUAUGUCCCUUCAAAAAAUAGAGUCAGGAGUCAAGAAAGAUAUAGUCCUUCCUCUUCAGCCAAAGUGGAGGUUAAAACUAAAUCCCCUGAAUCCAAGUUUACCACUGAACAUGUUAAACUGUGUCCAUCUGACAAUGGAGAAACACAAACUUUUGAUUCCUCUGCAAUCUUAUCUCAGCCAAAGUUGCUUGGAAAAUGCACUUAUUUAACUGGUAGUCAAAUAGAACUAACAGAAUUAAUUCGUGUGUUAGAGGACACAGAUACCCAGUUUGAAUGUAUGCAAUUUAGCAAUCAAUCUACAGUCGAAGUAACAAACAAAGAUACAAACCUUCUGGUUACUGAGCAUUUAGAUCAGACUUCCCCAGCUCCUCUUUUGGAAAAACAGAAGGAUGUUAAUUUGGUUAAAAGUUUGGGCCUUGAGCCUUCAAUGCACUUAGAUAACAAGUCAUGCAACACCCCACAGCAUGCGGCCUCCUCAAAAAUGAGCACCACAUCUGAAAUCUGUUGUCAGAAUGUGGAAGAAAUACAGCAAAUUAUAUCAGAUGAUCUUGUUGAUUCCUUUGCCUUGAGCAAUGGAGAAAAAGAUGCAGCAUCGUCAACAGUACCAAAUGUCUGUGUGAACGCUAUGGAACUUGGCUCAGAUGUUAAAAUUAAACCAGUUACACUUGGUCAAGCAGUUCUAUCCCUGAACGACAAUGUGACAUUUAAGGGGAAGUACAGAGGAUUUUGUGCAGCAAGUGGGAAUAAAAUAAAGCUCUCUGUAGAGAGUCUGAGAAAAGCAGCAAACAUUUUCAAGGACAUUGACAAUGAUCAAACUACUGCUCAGAAUAAUGCAGUUAAUGGUUUCAGCUAUUUACUGGGCAAUUCUGUGACUAAGUCUGAAAACUUAAUUGAGGCUAAAUCAGAUGAUCAAAAAUCUGUAGAAGCUAAUGAGUCGCAUCAGCUAUGUGCAGCUCUUGGCAAUCAUUCAUCUGAUUAUAGUAAAAGUGAGGGUAUAUUGAAAAGUGGACAUAAAAUUGAAAUCCGUGAUAAAUAUGGAAGUGGUUUCCAGUCAGUCGGGAGAAGGAGAUUCACUGAAUCUGAAGAAGCAAUGCAAGAUAAAACAGUAUAUUUGACCACUAAAUCAAGUGUCUUGAAAAAUUUUGACACUGAGAACAAAGGGAAACAGAGUACAAUUGAAAAUGCAACUUGGGAAAAGAGCACAUGGCAACCUGCCAGCAGUAGCACUAAAGAUACUGGGAACAAGGAAUUAGGUAACAGUGAAAUAGAUCCUGAAAUGAGGUGUUUCCAGACUGCAAGUGGUAAAAGAGUCACGGUGUCUAAAGGAAACUUGGAUAAAGCAAGACGUUUAUUUGAGACUGAAGAUUUCUUUAACGAAAACUGGCAAAACUCCAAGCUUCCAAUUGAAGUAGCAAAAAAUGCACCUCAACAACCUGAUGAGAGUGUAAAUAUUUUAGAAAGCCGUGUGGUGAAAAAUGAUGUAAGUAUGCAACUCAGUGAUCCAAGAGGGAGAAUUCAGACAGAAUUAAAUGUUACAGUUUGCCCUACAUUUACAGUUCACUCUGAGAGCAAUAUUUCUGAAAGUAAUUCCAUUCAAAAUAGGUCACUGUUUGCUGCUCCAGGCACUAGCAUGAAAGGAUUUCAAACUGCUAGUGGUAAGUUAGUUCCUGUAUGCAAAGCAUCUCUUGAUAAAGCAAAAGUUCUAUUUGCUGAGGAGGAUGUAUUGCAUAAACCUAUAAAAUGUUCUACUGAAACAUCUGCUUGUCCACAUACAGGUUCACCAGUAAUUCAGAAUGCAAAGAAGAAACCGUUGAUGAAUGUCCACAGUCCUGAAUUGCUUCACCAUAUCAAUUGUAAAAGUGAAUUGCAUCCAUUUUCUUUUCAAAGCAAACCUGUGUCUGAGUGUUCGAAUCUGUCCAACAGUACAGAAAUGAGAGGUUUCCAGACUGCUAGUGGUAAAAGAGUCAAUGUGUCAGAAAUGGCCUUAAGUAAAGGAAGGGCUUUAUUUGUUGAAGAGAAUUUUAAUAAAUUGGGAAUUCAAGACUAUUUAAUAUCAUCUACAGAUAAUAAAAAUGUGCUUUCUGAGGACAAUAUUUUAAAUGAUAAAGAAGCUAACCUUCCACAGAGGUUAAAUAUGACUCAUCUGAUGACUGUUCUUCCAGUUAAGCAAUCAUUAGGGUUCUUCACUGCAAAUGGCGACAUUGUUUCAGGAAGUGAGACAAAUGUGAAAUAUGUGCAAGAAAAAUUUUCAGCUGAUGAGCCUGGGGACAGUAAAAUUUCAAUUUCAGAUCAAGAUGCUUUUGAUGUAUCUAAGCCUUCUCAACAGUUUAUUAAUACAGGAUCUAUUGCUCUUGGUACAGUAAGUGGCAAGUCUGUAUGUAGUUCUGAAGAGUCUUUGAAGAAAUGUAAACACUUACUUAAUGAUGUGAGAGCUAAUGAAAAAAUUAUGGACAAUGGUAUGACCUCCAAGGAAAAGCAACUUUCUGAAGAAGCCUGUAAUCCAGACACCUCCAUCAAAAAGGCAUUUCUUGGGUUCAACACAGCAAGUGGAAAAUCUGUUUUUGUUUCUGAUGAUGCACUUCAGAAAGUUAAGCAUGUGUUAAAAGAAUUUGACAAUAGUGAUUCUUCUAUAAUUAGCUCAAAAGCUGCAUUUUGCAAAAAUCCUCAAAUACUGUUAACAUCCACCUGUUCUUCAUCAUUGUUUUCUAAUGCUGCUAUGAGCAGGGACCAAGCAUGUGAAGAAGAAAGUUCAGAAUUGUUUCCUAAAUCAUCAAAUAACUCUGCAGAGAAUAUUUCGGUCUUGCAGAAUUCUCCCCAGGUAGAGUUAAAUGAAAGGGAGAUCGACAGAUCUACAAAAAAUUUCAUAGAUUAUUCAAAUAACAGUGUUUUCAUGUCUGGCUUUCAAACUGCUAAAGGUAAAAAAGUAAUGGUAGAAGAAAGUAGUUUAGCUGCAGCAAGAAUGCACUUAGCUCCAACUGAAAAUGGUGAAUUGGGUCAUUCUGCUGAGAGAGUAAAUAUGCCGACUGGAAGCAGAAAUAAAUCAAUUUCCAACAUGAACAAUGAACCUGCACAUACAGCGCAUGCUUUGAAUUGCAAACAUAGCAUGCAUCCCAAUAUAUUGGAAAACAACAUGGCAAAAGUAACUGUGGAGGCUCUGAUGAAAGAUGAUCAACCUCUUGAUACUACACUGCACAAGUCAUUUCGAAAAACCUAUGGCAGUAUCAAUCAAUCUGUUAGACCAAACUUAAAAAUGGGAAAAAGACUCCGAUCAGAAGGAAAGACUACAGAGGAGCCUCUCCCAAAAAGGCAACUGCUAUCUGAAUUUAACAGAACUAUACACAGUGACCGCAAAGUUGAAUUCAAAUCUUUACUAUGUAAUCCUGAAGGAGUACUUUGUGACCGAAGGAAAUUCAUGUAUAUUGUCCCAAUGAAAUCUGUUGCUUGUGGUCUAUCUGUAGACAAAAGUGUUUCAAACAGAAUUCAUCAGCAGUCGAUUUCUCCCAAUGUCACGUUCCCUAUCCAAGAAGACUCAAUUCAGCAUAAUUUGUGCCUUCAACAUGAAGUCAGUUCACUGAAAGGACAACGGGCAGUAUUCAAACCUCCAUUCCAAAGGUGUUUAAGUGAUUGCAUUGAACAGAACAGCAGUGGACAGACUACAUCAAAGCCAGCAAAGAUUUUUGUCCCACCAUUCAAAACUAUUUCAAAUUCAAAUCCAAUGGAAAGCCAAGACAAUGUGAAAUUCAUCAAUUCUUCAAUUCCAGCUGAAAUUGGGAUUUCAGCAAAGGCUAUGAAUCUCAAUACACUGGUACAAGAUGACAGCAUAUUAAAACAUAAGUCAGUACUACCUAGAAAUAUUCGAGAUGAAUUCCAGUCAGUGUCUGAUAUUUCAGAAGAACUUCAACCUGCUGCUGAAGGUAUUUCUAGGAUGGUUCAGAAUCUGAGAUGUGCAAGAGGUCUUCAGGAGAAGAGGUUAAUCCAGAAGCAAAAGCAAGUUAUUCGUCCACAGCCAGGGAGUUUGUACAGGAUUAAAAACUCUGGUGGACCAAGACUGUCUUUGCACUCAGCAGUUGAAGGGAAACUUCCAACCUCUUUCACAGAAGAGCAGCUAUACACUUACGGAGUCAGCAGAGGUAUUUUGAAGGUACGAGCAGAAAAUGCCGAAUCAUUUCAGAUCAACAGUCAAGAAUUUUUCAGCGAGGAACUGGUUAAAGCUGGAAAUGGAAUGCAGCUUGCUGAUGGUGGUAGGCUUAUACCUGACGAUAAUGGAAUGGCAGGAAAAAGUGAAUUUUACAGAGCUCUUUUAGAUUCUCCUGGUGUAGAUCCCAGAUUAAUUAAUGAAGCUUGGGCCUACAAUCAUUAUAAAUGGUUAGUGUGGAAACUUGCAGCAAUGGAGAUAGCAUUCCCCAAAGAGUUUGGUGGCAGGUGCCUGACACCAGAAGCAAUUCUUCUGCAACUUAAAUACAGGUAUGAUGUAGAGAUUGAUCAGUGUUGUCGAUCUGCCUUGAAAAAAAUUAUGGAAAGGGAUGAUGUGGCAGCAAAAACACUUGUGGUUUGUAUUUCUAAGAUAAUAUCAAUGGGAACAAAAUCAUCUCAAAAUAACCCAGAUCUUGAUGAUGCAACUAAACAGUCAAAAACUGUAACUGACAAAUGCAUCAUAGAAGCAAAGAAGGUUGUGCACUUAGGAGUUGUUGAAGUCACUGAUGGCUGGUACGGAAUUAAGGCCCUUCUGGAUCUUCCACUCACAUCACUUCUGCAGAAAAGAAGACUUGUAGUUGGUCAAAAAAUCAUUGUCCAUGGGGCAGAGCUUAUUGGGUCACAGGAUGCUUGUACACCGCUGGAAGCUCCAGAAUCACUAAUGAUAAAAAUUUCAGCCAAUGGUACCAGAUCAGCUCGAUGGUAUGCUAAGCUGGGAUUUCACCGUGACCCUCGACCUUUCCCAUUAUCAAUAUCUUCUCUGUUUAAUGAAGGUGGAAUGGUUGGUUGUGUUGAUGUAAUUGUUGUUCGAGUUUACCCUAUGCAGUGGAUGGAAAAGAAAUCCAAUGGAACGUAUAUAUUUCGGAAUGAACGGGCUGAAGAACGAGAGGCUCAGAUACAUUAUGACAAUCAGCAGAGAAAGUUGGAACUGUUGUAUGCCAACACUGAAGCUGAACUGCAAGAACGAUAUGGAGUUGACGAAAAGAAAAGCAGAGAACACAAAGUGGAGAAGUUAAGUGACCAACGGAUCAUGAUGCUUCAAGAUGGUGUAGAUUUGUAUGAAGCAAUUCAGAAUUCUUCAGAUCCAUUAUCUGUUGAGGGCUAUUUAAAUGAACAACAGUUGAGAGCCCUGAAUAACUACAGACAAUUGUUGAAUGAACAAAAACAAGCCCAGAUUGAGGCGGAGUUCAGAAAAGCAUUGGAAAGUGCUGAAAAUGAAAACAGCUACACAAAAAGGGAUGUUAGUCCUGUGUGGAAACUCUGUGUUAUGGACUACAAAAAUCAGAACAGUGAUGCAAUUUAUAUGUUAAAUAUCUGGCGCCCAGUUACUGAUCUACAUUGCCUCUUGAAGGAGGGUGGAAGAUAUUGUAUCUAUUAUUUGACAACAUCAUCAUACAAGAAACGGCUAAACCAUGCUGAUCUGCAAUUGACUGCCACAAAGAAAACUAGAUACCAACAGCUGCAGCCAUCUCCCGAAGUGUUGGAAAAACUCUAUCAACCUAGGCAGGCAGUGGCUUUUAGAAUGCUCAUUGAUCCAUUCUUUAGAGCCUUUUGCAAGGAGGUGGACUUAGCAGGAUAUGUGAUCCACAUUUUGGGAAAAUCAGGUGCACCUACAACUGUGUACCUGGCUGAUGAAAACCAGGAUCUGGUGGCUGUAAAGAUUUGGGGAGGUUUAGGCCAGCUGGUUUUGGAAGAUACUAUCAAACCAGGUGCCUUGGUUGGUGCAAGCAAUUUACAGUGGAAAUCAUGUGGGUACAUGGGUAUUCCUACUCUGUCCACUGGGGAUCUUUCCAGCUUCUCUGCAAACCCAAAGGAAGGACAUCUACGGGAAAAGUGCACUCAACUGCAACUUUCUGUUCAGAAUCUACAGAGUUUCAUUAAGAAAACUGAGGAAAAGUUGAUGACUGUGCUUGAAACAGUAAAUACUCCAAGGGCAUCCAGAGAUUUGAGUGCUCAUCCAUUUGUUCCUACUCAAAGGAUAUCGGGCUCUGUUUCAGAUAGUAGCACUCUGCAUACACCAUCUAAUUCUGAAAGUAAGACACAGAUACUUUCACCAUCUGUAGAACUUGGAUCCGGACCAGCUUUGUGUAGUACAGAAGCAACAUCUAGUGAUUCGGUAGAAAAUUUGAAGAAGAAGAAACUUAGUUUUUUGUCUCGGAUUCCUUCUCCUGCUCCAUUGUCUCCCCUUUGUAGUUCUAUUUCACCAGCUGUACAGAAAGGUUUUAAACCACCCAGGCGAUGUGUUAUCCCUCAAAGCCAUGAAGCAACAAUUCAAGCUGGAACUAAUAAACUUCCCUCUUUGAAGAGAACUGCAGUUUCCAAAAUAGCUGAUGAUAAUUGGGUCACAGAUGAAGAACUUGCAAUGAUAAACACUCAGGCACUUCGAGAAGGUUGGGAAAAUGGACACAGUAAAAAUGAGGAAGAAAAGAUUACAAAGACACAAAUGAUCAUUCCAAAGGGUAUUUCAUCUGAAAAUAUUAAAAGUCACCUUGACAUUAAUCUUGGGUCUCAAACUUCAAAAGUAGCUGAGGACAACUGGGUUACAGAUGAGGAACUUGCAAUGAUAAAUACACAGGCACUUUUUGAAGGUUGUGCUAAUGAGAGCAAUGAAAGGGACAGAGAAAAGAUUCAAAGAUCCCAAAUUGUCAGUAGUGGGAACCUUGCCUUGUUGCCACAAAAUAGUGAAUUUGGGAGCAAAGUUUCCAAGAUUGUUAAUAAUUUGAUUACAGAUGAAGAACUUGCAAUGACAAAUAUACAAGUGCCUUGUGAAUGUUGUGUUACUGGGAGCUGUGAAAAUAACAAGGGCUCAUGUGAAAAGGUGCAAAUUGUCAGUUCUAAUAACUCUACAUCUUUGCAGCAAAAUGACGAAACAUCGCUUGAAUGUGAAUUUGAGACAGUCAUUGCUUCACGAAAUAAAAGUUCACCUGUUGUCUCUCAGUCCAAAAGAAGGCGCACAAAUGAAAUUAAUAUGGGAAAUUCAAAUGAAAACACUUGUCAAUCUGAAAGAAAAACUGGCCCUGCACAAAACACUGGUUGUGACAAAAUUGAAGCUCAGGUCGAGGAUGAUUUACAAAACAAACAGGUUUUGCCUUGUAACUGCAGAGGAAUAGAAAAUAAAAAUUGAGGUUCUUUUCCACUACAUUUAGAGUACAUAUUGUUGAGGACUGAAUGUUCUAUUUAAAGUGAUCUAUGC